AUCAAUUUCUCAUUCACCCUCUACCAUUUUUGGCGUAUAAAUUGUCAAAACAUUUAUCUCAUUUAAGAGAACACACGUCCAUUAAUUAACGGUUAAAACCGUCAGUGGACCUAUUGACAAAUAUUCCUUUCGGAUCGAGUGCGGCCAUGGGGUCCACUUCGAUCACCACCUUCGUUGGAUCGAGCGCGACUAUGGGGUCCGCUCCGGUCACCUCGGUUAUUGGACCAACCACGGCUACGGCCGCAAUGGUCACCCCACUCGGACCGAAUAUGGCUUCGGCCAUACCGGUCAUUCCCUCACUUGGACCGAACACGGGUUUCUUCACAUCCGCACCGGUCGGACAUCCUACUGUCAUGCUGCCUGCGAACUCUGUCAAAGAACCGGCAAAGUUCACAGGUGUUGGCUUUAAAAUAUGGCAGCAAAGGAUGUUAUUUUGGCUGACCACCCUCAACCUUGCGAGGGCUGCAUCCGCAAAGGAGUUAUGGACUACACUGUCCAACAAAUACCAGGUCGAGGACGCCGGUGCGAAGAAAUUCGUUGUCGAACAGUUGCUUGUUCGUCUCCGGAUCCGUGAAGAGGGUCUCACUCGCGAGAAGAAAGUAGCUGUUGCUAAGGCCAAUGUGGUGGAGCAUCCACCCAAAGAGGGUUCUUCCAAAGGGCCCAAGCCAAAUAAGGACAAGAAGAAAAUUGGUCCUAAAGGAGGCAUCGCGAAGCCCAAGUUCGCGGGGAAAUGCUAUAACUGUGGCAUUACGGGCCACCGUUCUUCAGAGUGCCGCAAGAAGCCUCAGAAGAAGAAGCAGAAGAAGGAAGAAGCUCUCUGCUCGGAGCUAGAUGCUAUGGACCUUUGUGCUAUCGUGACAGAGGUCAACCUGGUCGGGUCUAACCCGAAAGAGUUGUGGGUUGACACCGGAGCCACUCGUCAUAUCUGCUCCAAUCAGGCCAUGCUCUUUGACUUUAAGGAGACUUCUGGCGACAAGGUACUCAGCUAUCACCUCAAGGUGCCCCCUACCGUGACCUGCGACCCCUUUACCAUGAAACGAUACCAUAACUAGUAUCUCCAACGGGAAAAAUUUUCAAAAUCCUGAUUUUGAAUUUAAUGAACUUUAAUUAGUCGAUAUCCUUUCUAAUCAUUCUCGAAUGGUCAUAAAAAACACGUUUGGUAUUCAAUAGUAAAAGAUGCUUUAAUAU